CCUCGGUGGCCGCUCUGCCGAGCGCAGCGGCGCCGGGGCCGGGCCGGGCCGGGAGCGCAGCACGGUGCCGUCGGGAGGUGCCGGUCCCYCCAGCUCGGGUACCACCGGCAGGGCCGAGCAGCAUCUUCUCCUGCAUCCCUGAGCACGUGACGAGCCCGGCUCCGUCCAUCCCUCCCGACAGCGAGGGACAGGCCACGCACCGGCCUAAACACCGCUGACCCCCGGGCUCUGACCUCCGCAGGGCUCCGGGAUCCGUUCUCCAGCGAGGCAGAGCUCGUCCAGACCCGCUCGCACGGACGGGGAUGCUCCACGGACUGUCAACAAUCAGCACGUGUGGGCCCUUCCCGGCAUGAAACACCCCGCGCUGUCACCGCUGGAUGAGCUUCCACAAGUCCUGCCGUGGUUUCUAAGCGAGUCCAGGCUGCCUGUUGUGAUUUCGGAGCCCUCCUCCCUCUCCUGAGCGGCGCUCCCGCUUUGUGGAUCCCCAGAGCCGUCCCUUGGGAUGUUCUCCCUUGAGCUCCGAGCAGCAGCCAUCCACCYGGACAGACCCAGCGGGGUUUAUUUCGGAGCUGUCGGGAAGGAGCUCCCGUUUGUGGAGCUCUCGUGGGGGAGAUGAGCGACACGCUGAUGAACGGGAGGGUGCCCCUGCCCGAGAAGGCUUUGUCCGAGGGCUACGCCCGCCUCAGGUACAGGGACACCUCUCUGCUCAUCUGGCAGCAGCAGCAGCAGAAACUGGAGUCGGCUCCCCCCAACACCUACCUGAGCCGCAGCAGGAGCAUGUGGUACUCGCAGUACGGCAACGAAGCCAUCCUGGUGCGGGACAAGAACAAGCUGGACGUCUCCAGGGACACGGGGCAGUCCAAGUUUUGUGCUAUUAUGUAAUUCAUUUCCCGUAGGAAUCCACACGUGGAGAGGAAGCAGGCUUGCAUCGGGCUGGGGGAGGUGGGCGUGCUCCAUCCUCUCUGCRGAGGAAGCGGCGUUCCCGGGAGAGGCCCGGAAAGCCCAAGUUUCUGUUUGGUUUUGCUGUUCAUAGACUCACAUUUUGCAUGUCACUGCGUGUGUCUGACAAACCCAGUGUGGCCGGGGAGCUCUCAAGCCUGUUGCUUGCCCAGCAUCUUGGCAGGGGCCGUGCUGGACCAUGUGUUGCUUGUAAGUGGCUCGUGUGUCCUGUGAAACACCCGCUGGCACUCGGGCACUGUCCCCAGCCACCCUCACUGGCCAGUCCUGGUGCUUUUUCCAGAGCUCUGGGAAUGCUGGUGGGACAGAGGCGAGCUCAGAUCUGUUCCCACCCAGGCUGUGCUCUUAGAAAGUUGAYCUCCAAACCCACCUGGCCAUUCUUUGUUCUGUUUGCCCUGUUUCCUUUUCAUUCCUGCCCUGGAAGUUGUCUCUCACAGGCAGGUAAUAGGGUGGUUUGUUGUGGGAAGGGGGAAAGAAUGUUUUGGGAUUUUAAUCUGAGCCUUCAGAGCACCCGGUAGGAAUGGUGUGCUGGAGUUUCACACAGAGCAAAGGGCACUCUCUGAUCCCACAGGGUGAGAGAUGGGAAUAACAGGGGUUCUGGAAUCAGGGGACUCCUUUCACAUAGCACAGCUUCACAGGCCCACAGAACAGCUCAGAAGGGAGGAACAGCCCCAGGGAAGCAACAAGAAGAAAGCUGUAAAUAAAUAUCCUAAGGGACAUCAGAAAACCCCUAAAACAGCACAUCCCCUCUCCUGAGAUGGGUGACAAUUAAAGAGGCCGUUGGAGUUGGCUUUGCAUUCAAGUUUUAGYGCAUGCAGUAGCUUGGAAGGGUUUAACUUCUAGUUGGGGUUGGAUUGUAGGUUUGGUGCAUGUAGUUUAAAAGUUGUGUCUGGCUUUAAAAGUUGUUUCRAUGACCUGAAGGGUUUUAGGAGGGGAAAGCACUGCCCUGCUUGGGCACAGAGGCUGCUGCUUUCAGGUUUAAGUUUCUGCUGAAUCCUGAUUUGGCUCAAGGCAAGAUCAUGCUGAGCAACUCAGCCCAGCGAGCACCUGAAUGUUUGUUAAAAGCAAAACCACCCCUUCCAGGGGUGUGAAUGAUGUGCCCAGGGUUCAGCAUUAAAGUGCAACRUUGGCCUGAGGUCACAGAGUCCCUUUUUGCCCUGCCUGGGACAUGUGUCCRACCCAGCAGUGCCUGGGCUCAGGCUUAACUCCAGGCAAAUCAGUAUUGGAUGUCAGCUUCAGUAUGGAUUAUUUACCUGCCUAUUAUUAGGCACAGUCAUUACUUCUGUCCUAUUUAUCAACAACCUCCUUUGCGUUUUUCAAGCACUUUAUUUAUUUAUAUUUUUUUUUU